AUGGCUCCAACGACAAGAUCAAGUGACUUUUCUCUUGGAUGGAGUUGGGACGUCUUUUUGAGCUUUAGAGGUGAAGACACUCGCUUCACUUUUACUGAUCAUCUUUAUUCCGCUUUGUGUCAACAGAAGGGCAUCCGCACCUUCAGAGACGAUGAAGGACUUGAUAGAGGAGAAGAGAUCGGGUCAUCACUCUUGAAGACUAUUGAAGAAUCGAGGAUGUAUAUUAUGGUUUUUUCGAAAACCUAUGCUCACUCAAAAUGGUGCUUGGAUGAGCUGGCCAAGAUCAUGGAGUGCAAGACACAAAAGGGACAGAUGGUUGUGCCAGUUUUCUACCAUGUGGAUCCAUGUGAUGUGCGAAAUCAGACGCGGAGUUUUGGAGAAGCAUUUGAUAUUUAA